AUGCAGGAGAAUGUGGACAGUGACGUAUUCUUUUUCACUAAGGGGAUGCGAGGCGCCAGGAUUGUCGAUUCAGACAUCUUCCCAAACCACUGGCUUCUCGGUGGAAUCUUUGACGCUCCAGAUCCGAACCAAAUCGGCCUCUUCCGAACAUGGGAAAUGCGAAACAUGAGGCUGAUGCAAGACAGAUACGGCGAAAAAGGGCCCAUUUACAUUUUUCUCGGGCUGACUCCCUUCGUUUUCGUCCACGAAGCUCCCUGUCUCGAAGCUCUGUUGAGAUCUCAAGUGAAUCGAGAGAAAAACUUUGGAUACGAUUUUCUGAAACCGUGGCUUGGUGAUGGCGUGCUGAUUUCGGCCGGGAAAAAGUGGCAACAUAGAAGACGAAAUCUCAAUUCGGCUUUUCAUUUCAACAUUUUGUCCAGCUAUUUUCUUAUGAUGCGAGAAAUCGUCGAUGAGUACAAAGAAUCGCUGACAAAGAGGGUUAAAGAAGGGAUCAAGGAGUUCGAGUUUCAUGAUGAAUUCAACAAGCUUUCUCUUCAAAUCAUCAACUACACCGCGAUGGGCUUCAAACUCAACUACAACGACCCUCUCGCAGAGCGAUACCGAAAAGACGUUGACAAAAUCAAACGAUCCCUCCGACGAGCCCUCCCGUUUCUUGACAAUCUUCUUUACUCGCACUUUGAGCAGAACGAAAUCGACUGGGAAGGCGUCAAGGAAGAAAUGGAAGUGUUUAUGUUCGCCGGUCACGAUACAACAACUGCUACGUCUGUUUUUGCGCUUCAAUUCAUCACGGAAAACAAGGAAGUUCUGGCGAAGGUUUUGAAGGAACAAGAUAGUAUUUAUGGCGACUCAGAUCGCGCUAUCGAAAUGGAAGAUCUGAAAAGCAUGACGUAUCUGGAGCAAUGCAUCAAAGAAACACUACGACUUCGAGCCCCAGUGCGAGAGUAUUUCAGAAAAGUAAACGAGUCGCCACUGAAGUCAUCAGAAGGAGACAUUCAUAUUUCCGAAACAGCUUCUAUUUCCAUUAACGCAGAUUUCAUCCAUCACAGCGAAAAACAUUUUCCAAAUGCAUUUACUUUCAAUCCUUCCCGCUGGUCAUCUGAAGAAAGACGCCAUCCUUACGCUUUCAUUCCCUUUUCCGCGGGCCCCAGAAAUUGCAUCGGUCAAAAAUUUGCGAUGAUCGAACUGAAACUGGUUCUAGCGACGCUUCUACGAAAUUUCAAAUUUCAGCCAAAGAUAAAAUCCGAAGACACGAUCAUUGCUUCUGAUUUCAUUUCAUCUCCCUGGCCGGGAUGCUGGAUUUCUGUAACAGAAUAA